AUGAGUGAUAUUGAACCUCUCACCGACGAGAAAAAGGAAAAGGUGGAGCAAUACAUGGUAAUUAACACAUUUUAAACUAAUAUUUGAGAUCUCUUGUUUGCAGGGUAUGGCUGCCAUUACCGACCAGGAAACAGCCGUUUCCAUUCUCCAAUCCGUCGAUUGGAAUCUUCAGAGAGCCGUAUCGACUCUUUUCGACGGAGACGAGCAGAUUGUGGAAGACUAUCCGGGAUACGCAUCGAGUAAUGCUCACGACGAGCUCGAAACGAAUUUCGAGAGAUGCUGGACGUCGAUGAUGGAACGGACGAGGCCAAACGCACCUGACGUCUCAAACUUGGUCAGUUUUACGUUUUGGGCCGGGUGGCAAAGUAAUUGCGCGCUCAGAUUGCGAAACUGUAGAACUGUUACAUAACUAUCGCGCCUUGCCUUAACGCCCAGCAAGAACGAGAAUAAAUAGACAUAAGUGUUAUUUUUCAGGUUCCGCUCAUUCCUAAGGGGUUUGACUCCGUCCCGGAAGCCUUGGAAAAGUUUGGCCAGGUCUUCUCUGCGAGAUACGGAGACGAUCAGGGAAACGUGCCGACAUUUUCCACGGUGGCUCUUCCGGUUGCGAUCCGCACGGCGUUCGAGGAGGAGACGACAAAACCGUUGUUCUUCUACGUGCACAAUGACCGAAGCAACAAAGCAGACGAGUUUGCGUCGGAAAUCCUGUGCCAUAAGGACGUGAUCACCGUUCUUAAUGAGAAGUUCAUUGUCUUCCCUUGGGAUGCCACGGACAAGGAGAACUUCAAGCACUUAAUGCAGUCCUUGUACGAAUAUGACAUCAAAGUAUUUGCGGAUGUUGUCAUGAAAGCAGCAAGAACGAGCCCGAACAACUUUCCAGUGUUCGGAGCAAUCACGAAGUACAAAAAGAAGUCGAACUUGUUGGGAGUCUUUCAAAGCGGUAUCAACUUGGAGCGCACUAUGGAGAAACUAAACGCUCUUGUCGAACAAUUCAACAGAUUGAAAUGCAUGGACACAAUUGAGAAGCAGGAGUCGGUUCAGAGGCAGAACCUGCGUGCAGAGCAGGAAGCCGAAUAUCAAGCUUCCUUGGCUGCUGACAUGGCCAAGAUUGAGAAGAAGAAGCAAGAGGAGGAAACGGAAAGGUUGAAGAAACUGGCGGAAGAAGAAGAAGCAGAAAAGCAGAGAAUAGCUGAGGAAAAAGAAAUGAUGAGAAGAGAGAAGGUGUUGGAAAACCUUCCGGACGAGCCGUCAGCCAGUGAAACCGGCAUCAUCCUUAUCAAAUUCAGACUUCCAAAAGGAAAACAAGUAAGUAACCGAUACUGAGUAGAUUUAAAUGUUUCUUAGCUAUAUCUACAAUCAUUUUUGUUUCAGGAAAUAAGACGCUUUCGCCAGUCCGAGACGCUCGAAACGAUGUUCGAUUUUCUGUCCGGAAAAGGAUUUCCGCUGUCCGAGUACAAGGUGCUCAAUUCGGAUUUUCCGAGAAAGAACAUCAGCGACGUGUUAGAUGCCAGAAAUACGUUUGCCGAGCUGAAUUGGCACUCUCGUGAACAAGUCUUUGUUGAAGAACUCUAA